AUGCUGCUGAAGGGAGAAGAGUUUUUCUACUGCAUCCAACGUAGAGAGCAAACGCACAGACGUGCUCCUGCCACUGACACACUCACACACAGCGACACUGAGGACGGAUGCGGCCGCACACUCCUGCUGCGAUAUGAACGGGAUAUGUUCUGAUCUUCUCCUCCUCUAAUAAGGAUUAGACGAAGUUCAACUAUUUCUUGUUUUUAAUUUCGACUUACGGUGCUAUAGAACAACAUGUUACUUUGAUGCGGGUUUUUUUUCUUCAUGAACAUCAAAUGUAUUUUUCUCACAUUUCAAUGAGAAUUAGGUCAUGAUCACAUCGCCUGCAUUGUCUGUUCUGAGAAAUAGUAUCGUGAAUCCGGUGUGGGAGAGCAGUUCUUCAGGGGAGAAGGGCGCAACGAUAAUCAAGCCAUUUCUUCAUCUCGUCUCUCCCUCAGACCCUUUAAGGCAGGCUAAUCGUAUACCCAUAAAGAUUUUGAAAAUGCUUACCGCACGGGGAGGUCAUAUUUUGCACCCGGAGUACCUUCAACCUUUGCCAUCAACCCCUAUCAGUCCCAUCGAGCUGGAUGCCAAGAAAAGUCCGUUGGCUCUCUUAGCACAGACCUGCUCUCAAAUCGGUAAACCAGACCCUUCGUCCUCUUCCAAAAUCUCAUCCGUAACCUCAAAUGGAUCUAGUGACAAAGAGACCAAACCCGGACCACUAAAAAUGAGUGACAUUGGAAAUGAAGACAAAUCUAGCUUCAAACCCUACGCCAAAUCAUCGGAGAAGAACAAGGACUCCUCAUUCGGCAGCGGCAGUCUAAGUGGAGAUAAAGGUAGUUUCCGAGUGCCUAGCGCCACCUGCCAGCCGUUCACCCCCAGGACAGGCAGCCCCAGCUCCUGCCACUCUGUGUCUCCGCUGCCGUCAGAUGGAAAGCAGGGAGACACCGAGGAAAAGAAGAAGGAAUUUGAUAGCAAUAAAAACAGUACAACGGAGAGCAGCAGCAAUCACAGCCGGAUAUGUGGGGUUAAUGGUGAGGUUAACCAACGCCAAGAGAACACUUCUGGUUCAAAGGCUAUCACAUCAGACUCACUCACAUCUGUCUCCUCGUCAUCAUCUGUUCUGGGUUCAGGAGGACUCGUAGCGCCCGUCUCCCCCUACAAACCUGGUCACAGUGUUUUUCCCCUACCGCAUUCCGGCAUGACCUACCCUGGAAGUUUAGCAGGUGCGUAUGCAGGCUAUCCCCAACACUUUCUCCCUCAUGGAAUGACUUUAGACCCGACGAAAUCUAGCAGUCAACUACUAAGCGCUCAGUUUGCCGCUGCCAGCCAACUUCAGUGCAGUAAGUCUGGGAGCCCCUUGUCCAGGUCUUCUCCUCCGUCUCUAAUGUCUGCUAGCCUGUGCAGAGACCCGUACUGCCUGAGUUACCACUGCCCGAGCCACUUAUCCAGUGCCUCGCAGUGCCAUGAAUCCUCGGCUAUGAAGUCAGGAUACCCCCUCAUGUACCCAACUCACCCUUUGCAUAGCGUGCAUUCCUCGCCGCCAUCUUUUGCUGGACACCCGUUAUACCCCUAUGGCUUUAUGCUCCCAAAUGACCCUCUGCCACACGUCUGUAAUUGGGUGUCGGCGAACGGACCUUGUGACAAGCGUUUUUCUUCCUCAGAAGAGCUUCUCAAUCACCUAAGGACUCACACUGCUUUUGCGGGGACGGAGAAGUUGAUAUCAGGGUACCCGGGUUCAUCUUCGCUAGCCAACGCUGCCGCGGCCGCCAUGGCUUGCCAUAUGCACAUGCCCCCGAACGGGGGGCCGGGAAGCCCUGGAACGCUCACACUCAGGAGCCCGCAUCACCCUAUGGGACUGAGCACGCGCUAUCACCCCUAUUCAAAGAGCCCCCUGCCACCCGGCGCAUCGAUUCAGAUGCCCGCUGCAACAGGUUCAUAUUACUCUCCCUAUGCCUUGUAUGGACAGAGACUCACCACUGCAUCGGCAUUAGGAUACCAGUAGAAAAUGCAGGACAGACGGACAGACGGACAAUAACAAUACAUUUAUAAAGGAGAAUCGAGGCCUAAAUUACAUUAUAUUGGGUGUAUUUCAUGCAGGACGGGAUCCGCGGGCUCAAUGUAUUUAUUUGCGAUAGCUCCAAGCGUGACAAAAAUAAAGUAAUUAUAAUAUAAUUGGUAAGAAGCUCAAGGUGCAUUCUUUUUGUUUUUUUACAGUUAAGAUGUAGGCUUUAUUUGAUGACGCCAUUUUGAUGUUACAUUGACAUUACAAGUCAGUGUGUAUAUGUUGUUUUUUGAAAUGCUAUUUUUUUUAAUUUUAUGUUUCCAACAUACAAAAGUCUGCAGCCUAUUCGUUAUUUUUUUAAUUAUGUUUUUCAUCGGAAAAGUGGUCGCCUAUUUCUGUGUCUGUUGGGCCUAUACCGCACAUUGCAAAUCACGUUUCCACGUUAGGCUAUGCCUUAGAAUGACAUGUUUAGAUCAUUUUCCGGGUAAAUUGGGCUAUCUCAUAUUUCUUCAUAAAUUACAUUAUUCAUUCCACAAGCUAAAUCAGGUUUAUGAACCUGGUAGGUUGUUUAUGGAAUAAAUAAUUCGACCUAAAAAUGACUUAAUGAUUAACACUUGAGUAUGUGAGACAUGAGCAUAAUUGGUCUGUUAAAAAAAUCAACGGAAUUUAAUUUGUGGAAUUGCAUUUAAUUUGUGUGUAAGGCUAUUUUGUUUUAAGUCUAUGCCACAAACUUAAUUUGAGUAACAUUUUAUUCGAAUCACAUUUUAUUCACGUUUCAUACCUUUAAGACUGUAAAAUGUAUUUUGUUCAACUUUUAAAAUAAUGAAACUAAAUUGCAGCCUAGGCUACUGUCAUCUGCCACAAAUGCAUUUCGCCACUCAAUGUGCAAUAGAGUUAUUUUUAUCUUUUGCAGUAAUUUGGCAGUAGCCUAAUAAUCUUUCACCGAUAUUCAUUUCAACAUGCCAUUAGAAAAUGUAACAUAAUUUUUUUUACAAAUUAUAUUUAGCCAACACCUUCGAACGAAUGAUGGUCUCAGUCAGAUAAAAUCGGAAUAAGGAAGUUAGCCGCGUGUAGAGUUAUCCGUAAAAAUAUGCAAUUUCUGCAGCACGUUGUGAAAGAACAGGCAAUCUUAAAAAGUAGCAUCCCAAAGAACAUGAAUGAAUGUUUUGGGGUCUUGUUUUCGUCUCGCAGGAUUACUUUUGGACAUUGGCUUAUUUGUCUGGACAGAGAGUUUUUCAUAACGGAAAAGUGGGAUUAGAUAUGUUUAUACAUUUGCUCUAAAAACAAUUAUGCCUAUUAUUUUUGUUAGGUUAAAUAUUUAGUUUAUGCUAUACUGUGUACAGGAUGCAAUAUUGGCUAUAUGAUCUAUUUCUUUAUUUAAUUCUUAUUUAACCUUCAUAACUAGGCAAGUAUGUUAAUAACAAAUUCUUGCUUACAAUGCUGGCCUACACCGGGCAAACCCUAACCCGGGCGACGCUGGGCCAAUUGUGCGCCGCCCUAUGGGUUACAUCAUCUAAUUUAUCCUAAAGUCAUCACUCUUUAUUCUAUAAAAAUGCUGUUAUAUUUUA